CAACCAUCGUUCUCAAAAAAAAUCUUCUUUUUUUUUCAAUUUAUUUCGGCGUGGUUCUUUUGGUUGCAUUUAAUUUUGUUCUUUGUUAUCAAUAAUUCGAAUCGAUUAUUUGUGUUUCAUAAUCCAAGUUCACAUAAUUUCUAUAUAUUUUUUUUGUUUCUUUUGCGACACAAGCGAAACUUUUAUUCUCACUUCGAGCACACGCAUUUAGUGCGGUCAUAAUUUUUUUUGUUCAAUAGUCAAAGUGAACAUGAAUCUCCAUACUAAUAAACGUUCGGCAUCCGACGACAUAAAUGAACGUCGAAAACGGCGUCGAACGAUUUCGAAUGAUUUAUAUCGAGGUUUCAGUAUUGAUGAAAUUGAAAAUAACGAAGAUGUAUCGGAUUUAUCGUCAAUGUCAUCUGAUAGCGAUGAAGACGAUGAAUCAAAGAUAGAUUUACAUGUGCCAAAUGCAUCGUCAUCUAGUCAAUGUGAUCGGUGUUCAAAAUGCAAAUAUGAAAUACCAAAACUAAUGAAAGUACACAACGAAGUGUUGUCAUUGUUGACGGAAUUGAAGAAGAAAAACAACGAAAUACACAAAACGGUCAGACUUGAGCUUCAAAUUUGCAGACAAGAAAUUAUCGAAGAAGUACAGCAAUUGAAGCAGAGUUUUACACGAAUGACCGAUAUGAUUCGCCACGACACGAGCGACGACAACAUUGUAGUUAAUGUAGGACGGAAUAAUUAUAAUGGGCCAGAAUCUCCUCUAUAUAGAAGGGAUCGCAAUCGAUCAGCAUCUCCCCAUUAUUUCCCCUAUUCACCCGAAUAUGAUCCAAUGGAUCCAGGAAUGGCGAACGAUGAAAAUGUUCCACCAAUUCGAUAUAUUAGAGGCUAUAAUCCACCGGUUAGAGCCAGAGCGGAUGAAGAUAUGGACGAUGACAAUGAUGGACAAAGCGUUUCAGAUACUUCCGAAGAUGAAGCAUUUUUAGAAGAUUAUUUACGAUAAGAAAACCAGAUAAAACUGUCGAUAAAAUAACGAAAGCGAUUCGCAUUUGUCCCAAAUCAUGCCCAAAUCAAUAACAAAAAUAGAAGAAAUAUUAUUUGCGGAUGAGGCAGGGAUCGUCAAUCUCAUUAUGGAUCGUUUUAAGAUCUGUUCUGAUUUUACAGAAAUGAGACUUAGGUUAUGUUAAUAUGUAUUAAGUUCAAUCAUUUUUCUAUCGCUUCAUACUUAUGUCAAUCGAUUUAUUUUAUUUAGUUAUCACGCCAUACAUUUUGCUCUAUCUGUAAUUUCGAAAUUCAAUCAAAUGCCUCAGUUUAAUUAUUGAUUUGUCUCAAUAAAAUUUACAGUAAUUUUUAGAAGGAUAAA